GCCGCCUCUUCCUCUCGGUUAAGUCCAGCCCACUCCGCCGCCGCCGACCGCGAGAGGAGUUCUCUUCGCCGCCUCAAGGACGAGAUGGACACAUCAAGCCCUGCAGCACUUGUCAAUGCAAAGAUUAUGAACAUGUUUGUUGGGCAAAGAGUGCGCACAGUUGUUCAAGUCCAACACAAUGAUGGUGGAAUGCUUGUCGGGCAGUCCCCUGAUGGGCAUCAAUUGAGUAUCAAAAGCGCCAUGGAUGUCCCUGUAUCACACUUUAUGGAAGUUUAUGGAAUUGCUGAAAACAGCCAGACCAUCCGCGCUGAAGUUUGCACAGAUUUUGGUCCUGACUUUGAUCCCGAGACUUUUAAUCAAUUGUGCAACCUGGCGAGUAACAAGUUCAAGCACAUGUUCCUGUAGAGGUCAUCAUCAAGUGGAGGACCUUCGGCCAACUGAAGCUUGUUUGAAAUCGAUAUGAUUCACCUCUAAAUGUUCUUUCACUCACCCCAGUACUCUGUUGUCAGUAUUGGACUCCUUUUAGCAUGUAUUAAUCUAAGCAACAUAAGACUACGAAGGCAAGCAAAAUAUAUCGUGUAGUUGAAGAACGUAUGGUCUUUUCUACUUUUAGGCAAUCCAAAGCUAAGCUUGUUAUGUUGCUGUCACUUACAUUUGGACCCUGAGAAGUUGCUACAAUGGCUAAUGCAGCUUGAUGAGAGGAAAGAGUUCUAAUGUGA